CGCAAGGCGAGGAAGCGUUUCUCUGCUCGGGCUGCAGCGCGUUUAAAUAACUUGCCUGUUCGGCGAUACAUCCCUUAUUGCGCUUGGACUUACUGUUUUUAUAACGAUGGCUGUUAAAGAGGCUCGCUGCGAUUUGACAUAUUGUAGAAUGAGAGGGAUCAUGUCACUUCUAACCGCUUUCAUCAAAGAAAGAAAGAUGGGUUUAAACGACUUCCUUCAAAAGCUAGUCUCCAGCCCUCAUAUCUGCCAACAUUCUCAGGUUGGUGGAUUCUCUAAUAUCGACGAAAACCGGAAAGAAGAAAGGCGGGAAGACCUCAGCUCGGCAGAGUUCGGCCUGACGUGUCCCAGAAGCUCUUUAGCUGAAGAGACCCAGAUAAAACCAUCUGAUUUUGAUUACUUGAAGAUUAUUGGCAAGGGGAGUUUUGGGAAGGUUCUGCUGGCCAGACAUAAGGAAUCGGAGAAGUACUAUGCUGUGAAGGUCCUUCAGAAGAAAAUUAUUCUUAAGAAGAAGGAGCAAAAGCACAUCAUGGCAGAGCGUAGCGUGCUGAUGAAGAACAUCAAGCAUCCGUUCUUGGUGGGCCUCCACUACUCAUUUCAGACCACAGACAAGCUGUACUUUGUGCUGGACUAUGUCAACGGAGGCGAGUUGUUCUACCACCUGCAGCGUGAGAGGAUUUUCCUGGAGCCCAGGGCCAGAUUCUACGCAGCCGAGAUCGCCAGCGCUCUCGGAUACCUCCAUUCCCUGCACAUUGUUUACAGAGACCUCAAGCCGGAGAACAUCUUGUUGGAUGCUCAGGGCCACAUCGUACUGACUGAUUUUGGCCUGUGCAAGGAAGGGCUGGAACCCAAUGGAACGACGACCACGUUCUGCGGCACCCCAGAGUACUUGGCUCCAGAGGUCCUUCAGAAACAAGCUUAUGACCGUACAGUGGACUGGUGGUGUCUGGGCUCAGUACUCUAUGAGAUGCUCUAUGGGCUGCCUCCGUUCUACAGCCGCAACACGGCCGAGAUGUACAACAACAUCCUUCACAAGGAUCUUGUGCUGAAGCCCAACAUGUCCAAUGCAGGCAGAGAGCUGCUCGAGGGUCUGUUGCAGAAGGAUCGCACCAAGCGGCUGGGUGUCAAGGACGACUUUCUGGAGCUCAAGUAUCACAGCUUCUUCUCGCCAAUUAACUGGGAUGACCUGAUGGCCAGGAAGGUCACCCCUCCAUUCCUCCCCUCUGUGACCGGACCCACUGACCUUCGGCACUUUGACCCUGAGUUCACACAUCUGCCUGUCUCCGCCUCCCUGUGCAGCACGGACAGCCUGCACAUGACCAGCAGCGUGCGGGAAGCAGCCGGAGCAUUCCCAGGCUUCUCAUACGGCCCUCCGGCAGAGUUUGCCUUCCAGUAGCUGCUUCUGACACAUCCUCCACACUCCCCGCAGUCCAAGAGAAACAUACUGAUGAGAGGCUGGUUAAACCCCAGGAGGGACCACAGGGGAAAAUGCCGUUAUCACUUUUUACAAGUGCUUGGAACACUGACACAUACCGUAUAAGUGAUGGGAACUAACUCAAUGUUUGUGAGACUGUGAUCACCCACACAGGGUUUACGGACUUCAAGAGAAUCUUAUCUUGGACCUGAAUGAGUGUUUCUGGAACAAGGAAGCUUGUUUCAAGUUUGUGUUUGGAACUCUUCUCUGACUACUGCAGAACUGUACUGAUGAUUACUGAGGAAAAGCUAAGAAGUGCCUGGACAUUUCAGGAAUUAAAUACAAUAAUGACAAGGCUUUGGACAAACCUAAGUCACAAGGACCCUGCAAUGUUGGCACCAGCAAGGUGUUUUUCUGUUGUUGCUUUUCCAAAUGAUCAAACAAAUGAAUAGUAGUUUGUUUUUGCUUCCUUGCACAAUGGGGAGACAAAGGACUGAGAAAAGCAUGAAGUAAAUAGUUGGCAUUUAAAGGCUAGCAAAGUUUCUUCUUUAAUAUUGACAAGUGUCAGCUUUACUAAUCAGACAUGAUUGGACUUGACUUUGCUUUAAAUACUCGCACACUAUAUUCUCCGUCAACUCCGUCAACCAAUUACAUUGUGGUGCUUAAAAUAUAAACCAGUCAAGUCUUCAUUUUGGUAGAUAAGAUAGCUCAGUUGUUAUUGGGUUUUGCAUCCCAUUAAAGAAAAUUUAUCUUCUAUCAUCCGGAUUUAUUAGCCAUGACUGAGUAGAUGCUAAUAAACCACUGAAUGGGACAUUGUGACUUACACAUGCUUUCUUCUGCCUUCUCCCGAACCAGCACUUUUAUACUGUGUUGUGUGGAUUUAUCAUUUACUUGUUAAUAAGAAUAGAACUUUUAUCAUAAAACCACAAAAUUGGCUCUAUGUUUUAUAUAUUUACUAAAUAUAUUGUUAUAAUAGUGUUUUUUUCCCUGAGGUGUUUGCUUAUUGUGGCAACACCGCACAGAUUGUACUGAAACUGUGUGCAUCAUACACAGCUGUUCUUGUAGUAGCACGGAAAGAACUGAAUGUCUUUUCAUUCGCAAAAUGCAACUGUCCCUACGCUUUAUGAAUAUUAGGAUUUUAAGUUUUUUCCUCCUGUUCCUUCACUCACACAGCUUUCAGACUGGAUAGAGUGAAAUGUGCAAUGAAACAUGACUUUAGCUUGAACAAUAAAUAAAACAGAAAAACUUGAGAUGUAGCUAAUGGCUACUUGUCAUAUAUGACGAUACUGCUUUAGCUAUGCUAGCAUAGUAUUAAAUAAUAUAGACAGGCCUUUCAUAGGGUACCUUCAGAAAUGUAAGCAUGUAAUUAUAUGUUUUUUCCCCAUUGGACCAGUGCUAUUAUGCGUCUAUAGAAAUGUAAUUCAGUACAGUUCAAGUUACUUUCUUCCAUAUUUGGAAGUUAUUGCUUAAUUUUAUACAUUUUUAUGUAUAUUUAUUUAUGUCAUACUGUACUAUACUGCUUUGAAGUUUUAAAUGCUGAAAUUAUGAAAUAUUUAAUUCUGAUCUUUAUUAAAUGUUGAAUAAAAUCAUUAACGAACACCCUUAUCUGGGUGAUUAAAA